AUCUUGAUGAAUGUGCAACAAAGCAGCACAACUGCCAGUUCCUGUGUGUUAACACCAUUGGUGGCUUCACCUGCAAAUGUCCUCCAGGAUUUACCCAGCACCACACUGCCUGCAUUGAUAACAAUGAAUGCACCUCUGACAUCAACCUGUGCGGGUCUAAGGGCAUUUGCCAGAAUACUCCUGGAAGCUUCACCUGUGAAUGCCAGCGGGGAUUCUCACUUGAUCAGAGCGGUGCCAGCUGUGAAGACGUGGAUGAGUGUGAAGGCAACCACCGCUGCCAGCACGGCUGCCAGAACAUCAUCGGGGGCUACAGGUGUAGCUGCCCCCAGGGCUAUCUCCAGCACUACCAGUGGAACCAGUGUGUUGAUGAAAAUGAAUGCCUCAGCGCUCACAUCUGUGGAGGAGCCUCCUGUCACAACACCCUGGGGAGCUACAAGUGCAUGUGUCCUGCCGGCUUCCAGUAUGAACAGUUCAGCGGAGGAUGCCAAGACAUCAAUGAGUGUGGCUCUUCACAGGCCCCCUGCAGUUAUGGCUGUUCCAAUACCGAGGGUGGCUACCUCUGUGGCUGUCCACCUGGUUAUUUCCGGAUAGGCCAAGGGCACUGUGUUUCUGGAAUGGGCAUGAGCAGAGGAGGCCCAGAGCCACCUGCCAGCGGCGAAAUGGAUGACAAUUCCCUCUCUCCAGAGGCUUGUUACGAGUGUAAGAUUAAUGGCUACCCCAAACGGGGCAGGAAACGGAGAAGUGCAAAUGAAACAGAGGCCAGUCUCGAGGAUCAGGCUGAGACAGAAGCCAAUGUGAGUCUUGCAAGUUGGGAUGUCGAGAAGACAGCCAUCUUUGCUUUUAAUAUUUCCCACAUCAGUAACAAGGUCCGAAUCCUAGAACUCCUUCCAGCCCUCACGACUCUGACGAAUCACAACAGAUACUUGAUUGAAUCUGGAAACGACGAUGGCUUCUUUAAAAUCAACCAAAAGGAAGGGAUCAGCUACCUCCACUUUACAAAGAAGAAGCCAGUGGCUGGAACCUAUGCAUUACAAAUUAGUAGUACUCCACUUUAUAAAAAGAAAGAACUUAACCAGCUAGAAGACAAAUAUGACAAAGACUACCUCAGUGGUGAACUGGGUGAUAAUCUGAAGAUGAAAAUUCAGAUUUUGCUUCAUUAAUUCACCAACCAGAGACCAAAUAAUUAAAAAAGAAAAAGAAAAAGAAAAAAAAAAAAAAAAAAAAAAAAAAGGAAAACCAAAGAUAGAUAGGUAGAACUAUAUUUUCCCCCCGAUCAGAAUCUUCAUAUCAUAGGUACAAUCUUUCACCGAGUAAAUUUGUAUAAAUAAGCACUAUUCUUGUAUUACAAAAGCAAGGUACAGGUGACUACCCUAGUUCAAAACAACCACUUUCUCAGGCUUCUUGUGUGUGUGUAGCUAAGCUACCUUGUCAUGUGUUGAUUCUUGAAAACUGGGGCAUGUUAUUUCCAUUGGAGGUUGGCCAUUCAUGCUAAUAUGCCAUUCUUCCAGAAGACAUACAGGAAUACGUUUUCAAUUGAUGGACACUUUUAUUGUAUUUUUCAAAUUUUAAAACUUUUUUUCUCCAAAUACAAGUACUAGGUUGGCCAUUUAUAAUGUCUAUUUGGUGCUAGUAAAUUUUCAAACUAGAUUUUUAAAUGCACUGUAAUAUUUACACAACUUAGAAACCAAAUUACAAGUAUACUGUUCAAAUACUUCAUUAAUUUCAAUCAACCAAAGUUAGUUCAGUAGCUUAUCUCAGUUAUGAGUAUAGUACAUGUAAAUUAAGUGUGUGUAUACUGUAAUCAUGCUAUUUUUUAUCAUUGGAACAUGUAUAAACUAGAAUAAUAAUGCCCUUAAUGUGAGGGUUUAUAAUGGUGCUUAUUAAGACCAAAGACUUGUUAAAUGUAUACACCUAGUGGUAAUGAAAUUUCUGUGACUGGCCCAUUCAUGCAUUGGCGGUCUGGAAGGACCCAGAAACAGCCUUGGAGCCAGAGGAUUACCAGUGCACCCUUCAUCGCAGCAUGUGCAAUAUGCAGAGAUUACUGUCAGUCAUUCCUGUCAACAAGGGGUCAAUGUCAUAAAUGUCACAAUAAAACAGUCUCUUCUUUUUUUUAGUUUA